GAGGUGUGACCGGGGAGUUAGGCGAGGGACGGGCCGCGAGGGCCGGGCUAAGUUGGGGUGCAAGUCUGGAAGGUCGGGGGCGGGGCGUGAGAGGCCUGGACCCGGACGGCGGCGGGUGGUGAGGCUGGCCCAGCGCAGCGCAGUGCAGCCAGUGCGGUGCAGCGCAGCGCCCCCCGCGCCUCUCUCCAGCAGCCCCGACUCCCCCGCCUCGCGCCCGCCAUGCCGGAGCAGCUCAGCGUCGCCGAGUUCCUGGCAGUCACCGCGGAGGAUCUCAGCUCCCCGGCUGGGGCAGCUGCCUUCGCCGCCAAGAUGCCCCGGUGCCGGGGGGCGGCGCUGGCACGGGAGGAGGUUCUAGAAGGAGACCAGGCCAUCCUACAAAGGAUCAAGAAGGCUGUUCGGGCCAUCCACAGCUCUGGCCUUGGCCAUGUGGAGAAUGAGGAGCACUACCGGGAGGCAGUGGAAGCCUUAGGCAAUAGUCACUUGUCCCAAAACAGCCAUGAACUAUCCACAGGCUUCCUGAACUUGGCUGUGUUCACGCGUGAAGUGGCUGCACUCUUCAAGAACCUGGUUCAGAAUCUGAACAACAUUGUCUCCUUCCCGCUGGACAAUCUGAUGAAGGGGCACCUGAGGGAUGGACGGCAUGAUUCCAAAAAGCACCUGGAGAAAGCGUGGAAGGACUACGAAGCCAAAGUGGCCAAGUUGGAGAAGGAGAGGGAUCGGGCCAGGAUGACAGGAGGCAGCCUUGCAGAAAUGGCCCAGGACACACAGAGAGAGCGACGUAUCUUUCAGCUGCACAUGUGUGAGUACCUUGUCAAAGCUGGGGAGAGUCAGGUGAAGCAAGGUCCCGACUUCCUUCAGAGCCUCAUCAAGCUCUUCCAUGCCCAGCACAACUUCUUCCAAGAUGGCUGGAAGGCAGCCCAGAGCCUUUCCCCCUUCAUUGACAAGUUGGCAGCCUCAGUCCAUGGGCUUCGGCAAGCACAGGAGGAGGAACUGCAGAAGCUGACCCAGCUCCGGGACUCCCUCCGAGGGAUGCUGCAGCUUGAAAACAGAGAGGAGCACUCGAACAGAAAGAACUCAGGGGGCGGCUACAGCAUCCACCAGCACCAAGGCAACAAGCAGUUUGGGACAGAGAAGGUGGGCUUCCUGUACAAGAAAAGUGAUGGGCUUCGAAGAGUCUGGCAGAAGAGGAAAUGUGGAGUCAAAUACGGCUGCCUGACCAUCUCCCACAGCAUGAUCAACCGGCCCCCAGUGAAGCUGACCCUGCUGACGUGCCAAGUGAGGCCAAACCCUGAGGACAAAAAGUGCUUCGACCUGGUGACCCACAACCGGACAUACCACUUCCACGCAGAGGAUGAGCACGAGUGUGAGGCGUGGGUGUCAGUGCUGCAGAAUAGCAAGGACGAAGCCUUGAGCAGCGCCUUCCAUGGGGAGCCCAGCGGCGGUCUGGGGUCCUGGGGUGGCGCCGGGCUGAACGCGGAGCCCCAGGACCUCACGAAGCUGCUCAUCGCAGAGGUGAAGAGCAGGCCCGGGAAUGGCCAGUGCUGCGACUGUGGGGCCGCAGACCCCACGUGGCUCAGCACCAACCUGGGUGUGCUCACCUGCAUCCAGUGCUCCGGAGUCCACCGCGAGCUGGGCGUGCGCUUUUCGCGUAUACAUUCCCUCACCUUGGACCUCCUGUGCCCCUCCGAGUUGCUGCUGGCCUUGAACAUCGGAAACUCGCGCUUCAAUGAAGUCAUGGAAGCCCAGCUGCCCACCCACGGCGGCCCCAAACCCUCCCCUGAGAGUGACAUGAGUGCCCGCAGGGACUAUAUCGUGGCCAAGUAUGUGGAACACAGGUUUGUCCGCCGGUCCAAGCCUGAGCCCCAGAGAUUGUGGGCAGCCAUCUGCAGCAGGGACCUCCUUGCAGUACUGGAAGCCUUUGCCAAUGGACAGGACUUUGGACAGCUGCUGCCAGGGCCUGAUGGGCAGGCAUCUGGAGAGCUUGCCCUGCACUUGGCCAUCAGAGUUGCCAGCCAGGCCUCCCUGCCCCUGGUGGACUUCCUCAUCCACAACGGUGGCCACCUGGAUGCCAAGGCUGCAGAUGGGAACACUGCCCUGCACUGUGCUGCACUCCAUGGCCAACUGGACUGUCUCAAGCUGCUACUGAAAGGGAGAGCUCCGGUGGGGACAGUGAACGAGGCUGGAGAGACAGCUCUGGACAUAGCGAGGAAGAAACAGCAUAAGGAGUGUGAGGAGCUGCUGGCACAGGCACAGGCAGGGACCCUCACCUUCCCUCUCCACAUGGACUACCCCUGGGGACUUUUCACAGAGCAUGGCUUUGACAGCGAGGACGACGAGGAGGAAAAGCACUGCCCUCUGAAGCUCCCAGCCCAGGCCCACUGGGCCAGUGGGAAGCUGGACAUCAGCAACAAGACCUAUGAGACCAUUGCCAGGCUGGGACCAGCCACCUCACAGAGCCAAAGUGAGGACUGCCCCCCACCCCUGCCUGCCAAAAACUCUUCACGGACCGUAUCCUCAGGGCGAGUGGGACGUUCCAGUGGAGAUCGCUCUGAUGUCCCCAGCCUGAGUUCAGAGUCCCUUGAGGCGUCUGAGAACAAGGGCAGCCCAGCUUCCUCCUCCUCCAGCCUCACCAGCUCUGUGGAACCUGGGGGGCCAAACCAAUCCCCACCCAGCCCCGAAGAAGGCCUUAGAGAGCCACCAGGUGCCUCCCGACCUGGCCUGGCAUCUGGGACCACUCCUGCUGAGGUGUAUCACCCUGUCAGAUUCAGCUCAGAGAGCACUCGCUCCUACCGGCGGGGAGGCCGGAGUCUGGAAGACAGUCCUUCUGCCCGGCAGCCAUUGUCCAGAAGGAACAUUCCGGUUGGUCUCACUGAAGAAGAUGGUUCAAAGACUGGGGUUCUCCCAGCAAGUUCUGUACAACUUUUGCAAGAUUAGCUCCUUGCUGACCCCUUCAUGGCCCCUCCUGAACCCCAACACUCAGAGCUGGGGCUUGAACCCACAGAACUGAGGAGCUGACCUUCAUCCUUACAUGGACCAUGCCCCUGCCAAGGACACUGGGUCUUCCAUGUUGGAGCUGAUGCUCAGAGCCAGGCAGCCCUGCAGUUAGAUCUGAGAACUCCUGGGCUGAGUUCAGCUGCAUAGACAACCCUCAGUCCCUUACCAGACCAGGACUGUUUCCUCCUACAAGAGUGGAACCUACCUACCGUCCAUCAUUCCCCUCUAGGCACUGCCUUGUGGACCAUUUAUCAGUGUAGUAUUUCCUUUACUGAAUUUCAGCUUUGUAUCCAGACCUGUGCUAGGUACUGUGGAUGCCACACAAAUCAGACAAACAUCCUGCAGGAGUGGUCACUUGCUGGAAAGCUGGUCUCAAGGACUGGCUUAGGAUGAGCAAGACCAGAUUCCAGAGGAUGGCUCUGGGCUCAGACAGGACUGAUAAUCGGCUGGUCUCCUGUCUGAUCACUGCAGCUGUUCCAGCCCAUCUCUAUUCUGGUUGACCAAGGCUUAUGCUGCACUGGUUAUUCAGUACAUACCCUGAAAUGCCACUCCUUUAGAGGGACAGCUCAGCCCUCCCCGGGGUCUGUUCUAUCUUCCCCACCUAGGACAUAGACUACCACCCACCUGUGUUUGUGUGCCUUCUUGAUUCAACAGAAAGGAAUGGUUUGGGUUGAUGACUGAUGCUGCUUCUUCUUUUGGUCAAUUCAGGAACCUUCCAGCCUGGGAGAAUUGAGGGACAGAGAAAUGAGAAGGGGUGAGGAUAAGGACGACACUUUAUAAGUCUGUUUUCCAGAGUCAGAAAUCCCACCAUUGUGCAUCCUGGAUUAGGAAGUAGAUGCUAAGCCAUCACCAACCACUAACAUCUCAACAUUAUAGCCACUGGGUACAGGGCCCUGGAGGCUGGGCUGCUCCUUGGUCCGACAGAUACAGAAUUGCUUCUGAGCCCCUAAGGUUGGUUUCAGUUCAUCUCAGACUUGUUUUUUCAUUCAUCUCUGGAAAGGAUUGUGGGAGAUAAAUUCCACCAGUUUUCAUUCAUGGAUUCUGAAGAGUAAUAGGGAAUGUUGAAAGGACCUUGGGAUUUGGAAUUCUUUCCCUGGUAAGGGAGACAGCUGGUGUAGAGAGUGGCCACAGUGCAAGGAGGAACAGUUUUGCCCCAGCAGAUAUUUGAUGUGACAGAUUGUUCUUCAAUGGAGUGUGCUACUUGCAUCCAGUGGACAGAGGUCAGGGAUGCUUUUGAACAUCUUCCAGUACACAGUGUCUUCGUCUGCUUCAUGUUGCUAUAAUAGAAAGCUGGAGGCUAGAUGCUUUCUACAAUAAAGAGGUUUAUUUGAAUAGC